GGGAUCAGGGAGGGGGUGCAGGAUGCUGAUGCUGAACAGGCCAAGCUGGAAGGAAAGAAGAAAGGGAGGGGAGGGAAGAAUCGAGGACUGACGGCCUAGCCAGGCCAAGAAUGCAAUUGCCCCCGUGGUGGGAGCUGGAAGACCCUUGUGCUUGGACGGGACAGGGUCGGGGGACACGCAGGAUGAGCCCCGCGACCACUGGCACCUUCUUGCUGACAGUAAAAUAUGGAACGAGACAGAUGAGAGAAUGAACAGAGGAAGACUUGACAGUUUGGUUCUAAGCAUUUUUAUUAAGCUGUGCUGAUGGCAUAAGUGGAACAGUUAACUGGAAGACCAAACAGGCCAACAGUUUUAUUAUCAGCAGAAAAGUGGCUGCUGGGAAGAAAGAUGUGUACACUAUUUUCUCCAAGGUCCACUCUGAUCGGAAUGUGUACCCGUCUGCUGGAGUCCUCUUUGUUCAUGUUUUGGAAAGAGAGUAUUUUAAGGGGGAGUUUCCACCUUACCCAAAACCUGGUGAGAUUAGUAAUGACCCCAUAACGUUUAACACAAAUCUGAUGGGUUACCCAGACCGACCUGGAUGGCUUCGAUAUAUUCAAAGGACUCCUUAUAGUGACGGAGUCCUAUAUGGGUCUCCAACAGCUGAAAGUGUGGGGAAACCAACAGUCAUUGAGAUAACUGCCUACAAUAGGCGCACCUUUGAGACUGCAAGACAUAAUUUGAUCAUUAAUACAAUGUCCGCAGAAGAUUUCCCGUUACCAUAUCAAGCAGAAUUCUUCAUUAAAAAUAUGAAUGUAGAAGAAAUGUUGGCCAGCGAGGUACUUGGAGACUUUCUUGGGGCAGUGAAAAAUGUGUGGCAGCCGGAGCGUCUCAACGCCAUAAACAUCACGUCGGCUCUAGACAGGGGCGGCAGGGUUCCACUUCCCAUUAAUGACAUGAAGGAAGGAGUUUAUGUCAUGGUUGGUGCCGAUGUCCCAUUUUCUUCCUGUUUACGAGAAGUUGAAAAUCCACAGAACCAACUGAGAUGCAGUCAAGAAAUGGAGCCUGUAAUAACAUGUGAUAAAAAAUUUCGUACUCAAUUUUACAUUGACUGGUGCAAAAUUUCAUUGGUUGAUAAAACAAAGCAAGUGUCCACCUAUCAGGAAGUGAUUCGUGGAGAGGGGAUUUUACCUGAUGGUGGAGAAUACAAACCCCCUUCUGAUUCUUUGAAAAGCAGAGACUAUUACACGGAUUUCCUAAUUACACUGGCUGUGCCCUCGGCAGUAGCACUGGUCCUUUUUCUAAUGCUUGCUUAUAUCAUGUGCUGCCGACGGGAAGGAGUGGAAAAGAGAAACAUGCAAACACCAGAUAUCCAAUUGGUCCAUCACAGUGCUAUUCAGAAGUCUACCAAAGAGCUUCGUGACAUGUCCCAGAAUAGAGAGAUAGCAUGGCCGCUGUCGACGCUUCCUGUGUUUCACCCUGUAACUGGGGAAAUCAUACCUCCUCUACACACAGACAGUUACGAUAGCACUCACAUGCCGUUGAUGCAAACGCAGCAGAACUUGCCACAUCAGACUCAGAUUCCACAACAGCAGACUGCAGGUAAAUGGUAUACCUGAAGAAAGAAAACUGACCGAAGCAAUGAACUUAUAAUCUGACAAAAUAGCUGUUAUCUCUUUCUUCUUUUUUCUUCCAAUAAUGCAUGGGCUUCUGUGGCAUAUGAUGUGCAUGUUGACAGUAUUAAGUAUAUACCAGAUAAUACAGCAUAACUUUCAUUUUACUAAUGUAUUUUUUUUGUACUUAAAGCAUUUUUGACAUUUUGUAAAACACCGAUGAAUUUAUAUUUGUUACAAUAAAAAGUUGUCUUUAAAAUAAAUAUUAAUGAAGC